UUUCAUUUUGUGUUGUUUUUAUACUGUGUGAUAAUCGCGUAGUCGUCUUAUCGAUUUUAAUAAAAAUGAGUGGUGCUGGAGUAUUAAGUGUUGAUGAUUGGAAAUAAAUAUAUAAAAUACUCGGUUUUACGUUAGGUGAUAUUUUAUCGAAAAGCAUAAUUAGAUUUACAUUAAGAUUAUAAAAUAUUGUUGGACAUUAUUGUUGGUAAACAAUCCAAAUAUUUAUCAGUAUAUAUUUUUAAAAAUAGACUAAUAUAAGAAAUUGUAUAAUGAUUUAUGAGUUAUACCUAGUUAUGAAAUCAAUUAUCUUCUAUCUUCUAAUUUUAUAUAGUUCUGUUAUACCUAAUUUAUAAAAUAAUGUAUUGCAGGUGAAAUGUGUUUACCCGAGGUACAGAAGCCUACUGAACACCUAAUAAUAUCUGAUGAAGAAGUGGAACCUGUAGAUCAAAACGAUGUUAUUCAGGAAAUUUCUGAUGAUGAGUCGUCAUCAGAUUCUAGUAUAGGUAAUAAAAUAGUUAUUUUCAUGGUCAUAAUUCAUAAGGUAUCAUAAUCAAUCAUUUUUAUUCUUACAUUUUUUGACAUAAUUCUAGUUAAGCAACUUGUUUUUAUGAUUUUAUUUUUAUUUAAAAUGUGCCUUUUCGCGUUUACAAUAACUAAUUAAAAAAAGUUAUUUGGAAGUUAUUCAUGAAAAACUUUAAUAAGUCCAGUUUUUUGUAAAAUAUUUAAAAAAAAAAAACCUACUUAGAAUUAAAUAUUGCCUAACAUUAUUUUGCCUUCAAAAUAUAUGAUUUUUAAUGUUUAAUUGAUUAGUUAAAUCAAACUUAUCAUGGGUACUUACUUUAAAAGUUUUUUCACGCAAACCUUGGAAAAUUAGAUUUUUGAAACUAAUCAAAUAUGUGGAUUUAAAAGUCAAUUAUCUCAGUGGUGUAGUUAAGGGUAUAAUGUGUAUAAUAACUUCUCAAUUUUUAAUUGAUGUGUAUACUUAUUGUAUAAUGUGUGAUACAAAGGUAUAUGCAAAAGGGACUUAUAUUAGUUGUGCAUCAAUAUUUUUUUUUAACCUCUUUCAUAAGAAAUUUACGUACCCUUAAAUGGUUAGGUCAUACACCAUUUGUGUAUCAAGAUUUUUAACUAUGGAAGAGUUGAAAGUGAUAAGGGUAUAUUCAAUUGUUUCCAACUUUCAGCUUAAUAUCCAGUAUAGGUAUUAUAGGUAUAGAAGGUGUAUGUUUGUUUUAAAUAUAUAUAUAUAUAUAUAAUAUAUAUGCCUAUUACUACGAUAACCACAGGUGGUGAGUUGUAACAACAAUUUUAAUUGUUGUACUAUUUUUUGAUUAGUAUUGAUUAGUAGUGCUAGUUCUUUAUUGUAAACUUGCUACUUGAAAUUGUUAAGUUAAACUGCACACUAGCUUAACUAACAGUUAAUUUACAUUUAAUAGCAUUCCUUAAUAUAAUUCUUAACUAUUGUAUUUUGUUUAUUAUCUUUAAUAUUUAAUAUGGUUUAGGAGGGUUUAGCUCUUCCUAAGCCAUCUCAAGUCUUAUGUAUAUUAAUUAAAUUUAGUCUUUAAUAUUAGGUUUGUUUUUAAUGGCUUAAUGUUAAACCUAUUUGGCUCAAAUCUUAUGUAUUUUUAGACUUUAUUUACCACUUUAAAUACUAAACACCAUAAUAAACUAAAAAAACCUAUCUAUGUGGUCUGUAAAAAACAAUUUUCUGAAUUUAAUUAUAAACUGUAUUUUACAACAAAUUACUACAUAAUUUAAUGAAUGUUUUAUUUUCUGUAGAUUUAAACAGUUGGAAUUCUGAUGGUGAGAAUAGUGAUGAUGACAUAUCCAUGUCGGAUGACAGUAAUAAUGAAGAUAACUUAUACAAUGGUCAAGAGAAUUCAACUGACGAUGAAGUUCAAGAAGUAAUAUAUGUAGAUGAUUCAGAUACAAAUGAUGAUGAAGAUGAUGAUGAAAAUGAUGAUGAUGAUGAUGAUGAGGAGGAGGAGGAGGAGGAGGAAGAUAAUGAGAAUGAUGAUGAAGAACAAGAAGAAGUAGAUGAAGUAGUAGAUGCUUUUAUUAGAGCUAGUUCAGAAAGAAAUAGAAACCAUCCACCAAAUUUGUCUAUUGAUGAUUCCUUAAUUGGUGGACUUUCUUUUCAUCCAAAAUUAAAUGUUAUUGCACUUGGUCUCUCAAAUGGUGAUAUUACCAUGUAAGCAUCUUUUUUUUUCAUUUUUAAUACUUGUAUAAAUCUUUCAAUUUUUAUUUUUAACUAAAGGUAUAAGUAUUCUAAUGCAAAGAAUAGACAUUUAAGGACUAAUGAUAAUGUUCAUUUAAAAAAAAUAAUGCUUUUGGAAUUUAAUGAUACUGGUGACUACUUAUAUUCAGCCUGUAGGGACAACAAUGUAUCAGUGUCUGAUACUGAGACAGGAAAAAUGAAAGUAUAUUUUGAAAAAGCUCAUAGUUUUGGGUUAGUAUAAUAUUUAAACAUAGCUAUGUAUCAUAAAUUACUAAUUAAAAUAAAUAAAUCAUUUUUUUGUUAGGAGUUUUGUAACAUCAUUUUCUUCUAUUGACGAAAAUAUAUUUGCAACUGGUGAUGAAGAUGGUGUUAUUAAUGGUAAAAAUAAUUAUGUCACACAUUAAUUAUAUUAUUAUUAUAUUAAUAUAAUUUUAUUUUUUAGUUUGGGAUAUUCGUGCUAAUGGAUGUAAAUUUUCAUUAAAGAAAACUGAAGACAGUAUUAACUCUAUGAUUGCGGUUAAUAAUAGUAACAACCAACCCACUUUAGCUUGUGCAUCAAGUGAUGGGACAUUGAGCAUUAUAGAUAUAUCAUCAAAGAAAAUGGUUAUUCAGGUACUGUUGUGAAUUUAUGAUUAACAACUUAAUAGAAACUAAGUAGAAGAACCAAUUAGUUUUACAACUCAGGAAUUUGUGAUAAAAUAUUUCCAUUUAUAAUAAACCAUUUUCUUGGUAAUUAAGUAACUGGUUUAAUUUCCUAUCAGAGAAUAUUUUUUUUAAGUAUUUUGGGAACGCUGUAAAAUUUAAAACAUUAGAGUGUAUAUUGCUGUUUUACAAAUUUUGCCCUUUCAAUUUUUGAUUUCAUAAAUGACUUUCCAAGUUCGAUUUUAAGAGUAUUUCUAGUCAUCCUAUAUUUUAACCUUGCUUUAUAUUAACUUACGAAGAAGAUAUUUAAAACUUGUGAUCAAUGUUCAACCCACUUUCUGUUGUCCAAUCAACGUAAAAUUUGCAUUCACUCAUAUUUUCAAUGACAAUAUAGUAAUCGGAUUUUCUGGUUACGUCCUUGUUUUCAAGGGGUGGAAAAUGGUUUUCACUCUUUAUAGUUAUUGGUUGAAAAAAAUAUUUGUAAGUAUAAUUAAAAUGCAUUGUAAGACUUUUGUUUAAAUAAUUUAAAUACCUACUAAUUUUAAUUAAAUUUUUUUUUUUAUUAAUCGUGCAAUUGAAUAUUGAAUCAAGUUAUUUAUUCUCUUUUAUUUCAGUCUGAACCUUAUAAAUCUUUACUAACUAGUUGUGUUACAAUGAAACAAAAAACCAAACUAGUGUGUGGUACUGGUGUAGGAUCACUGAUUACCUUUAAUGCAGGGGAUUACAAUAUGUUUAAUGAUGAAUUUCCCUGUGUUGACAAAAAUGCAGCAGUUAACAGACUAGUUCCAGUUACAGAAAACAUUGUAAUAAGUGCUUUAGAUAAUGGAAAAAUCAGGUAUAAUAUUAUAUACUUGUCUGUUAACAUGUAUAAAUUCAACAUAUUUAUUUUAUAUAGAGCAACAAAUUUGUUCCCGAACUGUCAUUUGGGUAUUGUUGGUCACCAUCAAGAAAUGUCUGUUGAUCUUUUGGAUAUAUCAAAUAAUGGCCACCUAAUAGCUUCAACAUCUUAUUUUAGUAAUACUGUUAAAUUUUGGAACAUAGAGUUUUUUGAGAACUUUGAUGUAAAAAAACAUUUCAAAAAGAUUGAUCCUAAAGAAUUCAAUUUGCCAUCUUCAAAUGUUGUUAAUGCUACAGACUUCUUUUCCGGUCUUCAAUAACAUCAUACAUUUUAUGGUAUUUUGUAUAUAAUACUAUUUAGAUUAUUAUAAAGAUAAUUUCUAUAAAUAGAUUAAUUUAUAAAGGAGUUCUUGGUUUGAUUUUUUUUUGAAAUAUUAUUGUUAUUGGCCUUAUAUUAUUAAGAGGAUUGGUGACAGUUUUCUCCAUAUUUAAACAUGAAUGUAUAAAUAAAGAAUAUCCAAUAAUCUACUAUCCAAGGCCCAUUUAAAGGGAAGAGGUAUAGAUGAGUGCUGAUAUUUUAAUUGAAAAGACAAACAAAACAGAAAUUGCAUAGACGGAUUUAAAUUUUGAAAAUGUAUUGUAAAUGAUUUUUCUUUACAGGAUAUGUCAGAAUAAUUUUUUUUCAAUCUAAUAAAAUAUACAUAAUCAAUUGUCACCAAUUCUUUUAAACAAAUAUAAUGUGAUUAGAUUCAUUUUUUAGAUAUUUAAAUAUUUUUAACCCGAUAUCACUUGAGUGUUUUAUUUUACGAGAUUGCUUGCAUAUUGGAAUUUUUUCUAAUAAUAUAUUAUUUUAUAUAAUUUCAUCAAAAUAUGAAUUCCAAAAUAAGUUUUGUAUAAUUUAAUCUUAUAAAUAAUAAUGGUAUUAUACGUUUCAUAACCAUGUAGAUAAAGCUUUGGUGAUUAAUUAUCAUUCAAUCAAUAAUAAUCGUUAUUCUUAAAAUAAGUUAUAUAUUAGAUUUUUUCCAACGAGCUAUCGCGGGUUAAACAAAUUAAUUUAGAAUUUUGUUUUUAACUUUUUAAAAACACAUUUUAAUUGAAUAAAUUAAGAAAAUGUUAUAUCACCUGUUAACUGUAUUUAAAAAAUGUGUAGAAAACUGUUCAGAAGAUGAAAAUGUAUAAUCUCAAAAAUAUUAAUAUUUGUUUAAUAAAUUUAAAAGUAGUCCAAUGUUAUCAGAAGCAUUGUAUAAUUAUAAAAUGUUUACAAAAAAUUCUAAAUGAUGAAAAACUUGCACUAUACAUCGUUGAAAUUAUUUUUUUUUUAAAUCACUAAUAUUUUGAUUUUGAAUAUAUUAAAAUUAUAAGAUUCCAAAAAUAUA